AUGGACCUCUACACAGUUGCCCAGCACUAUUUGGACCGCAUACUCGAAACGGACGCCGUCGAGAAGAUCCGCGUUCUGCUGCUAGACAAAACCACGUCCGCGGUGAUCUCAAUGGUCACCACACAGUCGGAAUUGCUCAAGAAAGACGUGUUUCUCGUGGACAAGCUCGACAACUUCCAGAGAGACAGUCUGCGCAACUUGUCGUGUAUCUGUUUUCUCGAGCCCAGCCUGGAGACGAUAGCCAACCUGUCGCGCGAAGUCGCCAACCCAAACUACCAGAAAUACGACAUUUUCUUCAACAACUCGGUGUCGAACUCCAAGCUGGAACGCCUUGCCGAGUCGGACGACAUGGAAAUGAUCUCCAAAGUGGUGGAGAUUUUUAUGGACUACCUCGUGGUCAACAAGGCGCUGUUUGUCGUGCCAAACGUCGUCUCGCCGUACGGCCCGCUCGUCCGCGACUCCUGGGACCCGGCGGCGUUCGACCAGUCUCUGCAGAGCCUCAUGUCGCUGCUGCUCUCGCUCAAAUACAAGCCUGUCAUUCGCUUCGAAACAAACUCGAAAAUGUGCGCCAAGCUCGCCAACGCGGUGAACUUCGAAAUCAACUCCAACCAGAUGCUCUUUGGCCAGCUGCCGGCAAGAGACUCGCCUCCGUCGCUGCUCAUUCUGGACCGCAAAAACGACCCCAUUACCCCGUUGCUCUUCCCCUGGACGUACCAAGCAAUGAUCCACGAGCUGCUGGGGAUCCACAACAACACCGUCAACAUGUCGCGCGUUCACAACAUCUCGGAAGAGCUCAAGGAGGUGGUGGUCAACGAGCAGACAGACCAGUUCUACAAAGAGUCCAUGUACCUUAAUUUCGGCGACCUCUCGGAGAGCCUCAAGAGGUUUAUUGAGACAUACAAGACCAAAACGAAAACCAGCUCCAACAUCAGCUCCAUCACAGAUAUGAAGUUCUUCCUGGAGAACUACCCCGAGUUCAAGAAAACGUCCAUCAAUUUGUCGAAACACAUGCUGCUGUCCACGGAGAUCGACAAGAAGAUCAACGAGCUGCGGCUGUGGGAGGUAGGCGAGCUGCAACAGUCGCUCGCCACAAACGACAACAGCAGCGGCGACCUCGCAGAGCUCGAGGACUUGCUAUUUGACAGAAAAUUGCAGAACGGCGCCCCUGUGGCACCUCUGUCCGAAGACACCAAACUGAAGCUCCUGGCAGUGUACGCGCUGCGGUACGAGUCGCACCCCUCCAACCAGCUCUCCAGACUGACUCGACAGCUGCACCAGCUCGGGUUCCCGAGCCACAAGCUGGACCUGGUCAAACGCCUGCUGCAGACCAGCGGUGCGGCACAGCGUCUGCACGACGACGGCGAGUCCAUCUUCGAGAAAGUGUCCAACUCGACGAUGGGAGGCACCGUCAACGGCAUCAGCUUCAAGAACAACACCGACGGCAACGUGUACAUGCAGCACAGCCCGCGGCUCAAACAGGUGCUGAUGAAACUGUUCAAAAACAAGCUCAACUCGAAAAACUAUGCGCUGCUCAAACCAAACGGUUUGGAGUCGUACACGGGCAACGACAAGAUCCCGGACCAGGAGCUCGUUAUUUUCAUUGUGGGCGGCGUGACGUAUGAGGAGGCCCGGCUGGUUGCCGAGCUCAACCAGCUCAACCCUGGCGUGAAAAUCGUGAUUGGCGGAACACACAUUCUGGACUCAGACACGUUUAUCGGGCUGAAAUGA